AUGCGUCACAAGCAACUACAAAUGCUAAAAUGCGGAUAUUUGCCCCCACCUACUACAGAGGAGGACGUGGCUGGUCGGAUGGGAGUUCCAUUUGCUUUAGCACGGAAAUUAGGAGGGGUGGACAAACUAUGGAAGUAUGUUCCACCCGAGCAAUGGGGCAAGUAUGUCAAGACAUCCGACUGCUUCCUCCCACUCUCGGGCAAUGGUUAUUUACGGCAGACGAACCUGCGGGCGGCAAUCACGUGGAGCACUGAACAAGUGCCUCCAUUUCACGGAGAGAAGAGAUCGCGGCUACCAGAUCGCAUGCUGUACGUCUUCAUGGGGAAUGGGGCUGGGAAAACACACCUGAGCAGGAUUCACCCAAGAGCACAAGAUUUGGACUGUGUUUGGAUGAAUGUGGAGGGGUCGAUGCGGAUUAGGGAAGAUGCGGCUUGGUCCAAGAGCUGCUUGGAACCAUUCACAUCGAGGGCUCAAGAGAUGUUGGCUAUCGCCAGAAGCCGAACACCCAUCGUGCUUGGGCAGAUGGACCCCGACAUCGUACUCAAGGCGGCUAAGCAGAUUGGCAUUUCGGUAGAAGUGAUAGCUUAUGACCCUGGAGAGACUUGCGCGUAG